AUGAAAAGCUCAUUAAAAAAAUAAUAGCAAUUGAAUGAUAGUUAAAAUCUCAAGACUGGACAAGGUACCUAAAACUAAGAAGAUAUGAAGGUGAAUAAAAGAGUUAACAUUUUGAAUACCAAAGUUGAAGAUAAUUCAAAGAAUAUAAGUCAUGCCUCCUCCUAAGCUAAUAGAGUUUCGAAGCAGAUGAUUUAUAAUGAAAAUAUGCAAAUUUUGAUUGACAAAAAUAACUUAAAUGAUUCAGAAAUUAAAGAUGAAAGUGAAUUAUUCUAACCUAUUAAUUUGAAUAAAAAUCAAGCUCAAUUAUAAUUAAUUAUGAAAGACUAUAUCUCAGCAUAAACACACUACAAAAUUGGAUUGCAUGAAGAUGUUGACAAUAUGAUGAGCAGGACUAAAAAGUGUUAAAUUUAAAUAUUAGAAUAAGAAUAGGAUUUAGAUGGAUGGUAUAAAAAAUAACUUGCUUAAAAAAUAUCAAAUGAAGUUUUUUAAGAAGAAGAGUCUAAGAAAGAAAUGAAACAUAAAUUACUAGAUGAUUUGCUUAUUUAAGACACACCUGAGCUCAACCAAAAAAUUAUUUCAAGUAUACUUAGAGACAAACUGCCAAAUAACUUAAUGCAGGGUUAAACAAAUUUUUCUAGCUCUUAAAAUUCUAACAAAAUAUAGCCUAUACUAAAAAAAAUCAUUAGUAUAAAAAAUAAAAAUAAAAUAUCUGAAGCUGAAGAAAAUUAAAAAAACGAAGGCCCCAUUCACAUAACAUCAGCUACAAGUGGCAAUCUACUAAGAAUGUAUAAUCCUUAUCUAAUAUUAUAAAACCAAGAGGUACAAAAAAGAAUGAAAACUGAAAAUUUAAUUGGAAAAAUAGUCAUUGAUAAGGUAAAAAAGGAAGAAUAAAAAUUAAAAAAUUUGUAGACUUUUAGCUAAAUAAAUUAAGACAGUCCCUAAUUGAUUCAUAAAAAUAACGGAGAAUAUUCUAAAAAGAAAUAAAAUGCAACUGCUGCAGAAAUAGAAGAAGAAGAAAACUUGAGGAUACAAAAGCUUAUUGAUGUUGGGAAGCAAUAAGUUAAGAACACUUUAAAAAACUUUAAAGGACUUUCAAAUUAUUAUCUGGACAAUAUAUUAAAGAAUGACAGUAUAAAGAAGUAGCUUGAAGAGAGUAACAAAGGAAAAAAUAAUUUAUUUUAUCUAAAAGGCGACAUGGUAUUUGCACCUUACUCUGAAAUUGAAUAAAUAUAUUUGCCUAAAUAUUUUUAAACAUUUGAAAAGUUAUAAUAAGCUAGGAUAGAUGAAUAUGAAUUAAGAAUAUGUAUAGCCAAUUAAAUAGAUUUAAUUAAAGAAAAGCAAAUAUAUGCCAAUGAAUUGUAAAAAUAAAUUGAAAAUCUAAAUUCCACUCAAGUGAAUAAUCAAAAUAAUUUAUCAAAUAAUGCUAAUUAGAAAAGUAUAUAGCCCAAUCCUAUUAGUGCAAAACAAGCUUAAAAAAUACAAAGUGAAAACAUGAAGCUUUAUAAAAGGAAAGAAAUGUUGAAAGAAGAAACAAACUCAGUGAAUUGCAAUAUUGAAAUAUUGAAGUAAGAGUUGUAAGAUUUGUAGAAAAAAUAGGCUUCCUAUUAGGAUAAUAUCAAAUAACUUAAAAUCGUGAGAACAAAGAUAAGAGCUUAUAUCAAGACAACUCUACUUGCAAUGAUGCAAAAGGAUUUAACCUUAUUUAUUAAUAUGAAAAAACCAAUUGAUCUCUCAUUAGCAAAUAUAGUUUCUACUCUAAUAAAAAUAGGAGAAAAUAUUUAUAAUGAGUAUUUUCCUUAAUUUUUAGACUAAUAACAAAUAGAGUUGAUAAUUCAUAUUGCAGAAUUAAAGGUAGAAGCAGAAAACAUCAAAGAAAAAGACUUGAAAUAAAUAAAUGAUAUAAAACUACCUACUAAUUCUUAAUCAAUUUUCUCUUAGUUAAGUUAUUAGUGUUCAAAACAAUGCAUAACUUAAGAAGCUGAAAGAAGAAUUAAAGAAAUAACAAAAGAAAUACUGUCAGUUAAAAAACCUAUUUUCAAACUUGAUGAAGGCACUUAGACUCAUACUAUGCAAUAUGAAAGUGUUUUAUUGAAUAAUUCAACUCCCAAAAAAAUUAUUAUUGAGAAAUAAGAAAUAGAAGAGAACAAAGAUGUUGUCCUUAAAAGAUUAGAAAAAAGAGAGGCAAUAAAUAACUUCUUACAACUAACUGUAGAUAAAGUUAAAGAGCUAGAAGAAAAUGAGUUAGAUAGGCUUGAAAAAAGUUUUUCUACUUUAAAGACAGAGCAACUUUCACACUUGAAAAACGUUCUUAUUUCAAUAUUUGGUAUCAUUAGAGGAUGUGAAUAACUAUCCCAUUUUUUACAGUUUCGCAAAUUUAAAAAAUAUUUGUUGAAGGGAAAAAAUUUUACUAAUAAAGAGAAAAUUGACUUGAUAAAUCUUUUUAGAGAAAAAAAACUAAUCAUUUAAGAUAAUUUAAGUGAAGAUAGUUUAGUUUAAAAUGAUGAAAAUAAUAAAGAAAGAGAAAUGGAAUAGCAUGCUAAAGAAAAUUAAAAACAAACUAUAAAGUAUAGAGACAGGUCUGAAAGUUUAGAGAGACUACAAAGUAUUAAAAGCUUUUAAAUUAAAAAUAAAAAUCAUAUAAACAACUCAUAACAGCAUGAAAACAUGAUAGAUGACCAAACUUUUUAUAAAACUUUUAUGAAGACUUCAAAUUCAUUUACUAAGUAAUAAAAAAGUUUCGAGAGUUAAGCAGCUAGCAGCUCAGAUCAUUAUUACACAAAUACAUCAGAUUUUAUUUUAAAUAACACAUAAUAGAGAAGAUUUUAGAUAUUUAAUAAAGAUUUCUCUUUAAGUUAGAGCAAUCAGCCUUAUUUGUUAUCAGAAAGAGGUUUAUUAUCUUAAACCAGUUCUGAGUUUCAAAAUCCAUUAAACAGAAUAAAAAAUGAGUAAUUAAAGCUAGGUAAAAUAGUGUAGUUUUAGUACUAAGAUUCUUUUUCUCCAGUAUCUCAGUUAGGAAGAAAGGUUUCUUUCCAAUAAUCUCCACAAUCUUUUCUAAAUAAUAAAUUAAAGCAAGAAUUUUGA